AUGCAAGCUUUUGGAAUGCAAAAAGCGCCUAUUGCGUACGAUAGUGGUAUCCGUAUUCGUGAACCGGUUGAUCGACCGCCAGAGUUGCUAAGAACACACCCUAUUCAGUAUAAUGAACCGCCUCCACGCUAUCAAGACGAAAGGCCAAGUACGUGGCAACGAUUGAGAGGGAAUAGAGGUAGUCAAGUUGACUCGAGUAAGGAUAAAGGAAAGGAAAAAGUAGAAGAAAGUCCUUCGCCUAAUUCGAAGAAGCGAAAGCAGCCUUCCUCUUUCGACCAUGAAGCUGGAUCAAGCAGAACGAAAAUACCAGAAGCAAAGAAGCAAAAAGGAUUCUGGACAAGGGUAGCAGAACAUAGAUAUAACCGCUCUUAUUAUCAGAGACAGAGAGAUGAACGAAACGCAGAAGCAUUACUGACGAUCGGAGGAUUAGGUGUUUAUGGCGCUUAUCAUGGUGCAAAAGCGAUUGCAAAAGGUGUCAAGGAAGGCUGUGAUGCAGCUUGCAGAGCAGCAAGAAACCAAGCAAAUCGAUUGAGAAAUCGAAUUACAGGAACGCCUGCGGAGAAUCCGGUAACAAGGAACACAGUUCGAAAUGGACCAAGCUUAUCCAAUCGUGAUAAGUUUAAGACGAGAAAUCUUAGAUAUCGUCAAAAUUUCCACGGAAUGGAAGCAGGACCAAUUCAUCGUAAUUCUCAACAGCCUGCACAAAAUCUUGCAGCUCAUCAAGCCAAUGCUCCUGCUGCUCAUGUACAGCCUCAACAAGUACAUCAACCACAACGUUCGGUUUCCACUCAUUCUUUUUCUGGUUCUGGGCCUGCAAUAUCAGAUGAGAGUUCCGUUGAUAAGCGCAAGGGUCAUCAUCGUGAUACAGGUCAACAAAGGCACUCCAGCAGUAGUCAUUCUACUCAUACUUCUUCUGCGAGCUCAGACUCAGUUUCUCGAUCAGAUUCGAUAUCAUCACGACGCAGAAGUCCAAGCCAUGCUUCAGGUGCCACACCAUACUCAAAUCAACAAACACCCGUCAAUCAAGCUAUCCGUAUCCGUGAGCCUACUGAUAGACCACCCGAAUUACCUCAAUCUCAUCCUGUCCAGCACCAUGAACCGCCUCCACGCUACGAAAAUGAGAGGCCAAGUAUGUGGGAACGACUGAGAGGAAACAGAGGUUCGAGUACAGAUAAAGGGAAAGGAAAAAUGAGCGAAAAGGAAGAAGAGCAAAAAUGGUUCGAGUUGGGGAAGAAAAAGCGUACAGAAGCAGCAGCAAACGAUCAUGAAGCCGGUACUAGCGGCACUAAAUCACUGGGGGAGAAAAAGAAAAAAGGGUUUUUGAGAAGAGUGUAUGAGUAUGAUCGUCGUCACCGAUAUCGGUAUCGUACUGAAGCUGAACGUGAAAGGCAUACGAAAGCAGGGGAAGUUGUUUUAGGUAUUGUAGGAGCAGGUGUUUAUGGCGCUUACAAGGGUGCAGAAGCAGUUUACAAUGCAGGAGCAGCUGUUGGAAAUAAACCGGAUAUAGGCAACAGCGGUUAUCGACAAUUACACCAUCUUUCCAGCUCAGGUUCUGAAUCAUCCCAAAGAUUAAGCCGCUCGAAUACAGGAUUCAAUAAUGAACAUCCAUCACCUCAGCAUGAACUACACCGCGCUGCUGCUCAAGCACCAAUUCACGCUCGGCAACAUUCUCUUUCCACUCACUCUGCUUCUACUUGGGGAGCUGCAGUCACUGAUGGGAGUUCCAUUAAUCGAUAUUCAGGUCAUGACCGCGGUAUAAUCGAACACAGACACCCUCAAAGUAGUAGUCAAACUGCACGUUUUUCAUCUAAUAGUACGCCUUCUACAAGAAGAGGCUCAGUAUCUCAAUCUCCCUCAAUGUCUUCACCCAGAAGCCGAAGUCACGCAUCAGGCAGUCAUAUGUCGAGAGGCUCAGACUCAAGUCGACAUCACCGUCCAAAUCAAUGA